GGCCAAGUGAGCACAGUGGUGGCACGCUUACGUAGCACUCAGCUUCUGCCUCCUCGAAGUCGUCUUCCAUUGGGCGGAGCCUGCUGACAGAAGCGAGGAGGACGAGAUUCCGGACGACGAGGUGGAGUUAUUGGUCAUCCAAGCCUGGAGGACAUGGAGGGAGAGCUUCUGGGGAUCCUGUUCGGGGAAGUACCCGACGGCUACCUGGAUUCGAUCACAGACGAAGUGGUGGUGUUCUUGACCCAACUGUUGGACGAUCUACCUUUGGAGAUCCUCUUGCGCUGCGACGAAAGGCCCGGGACUGCCACACUCGCCCGUACCUUAGACCCCCAUCUCUUGUGGUCUACGUGCACGGAGCUCGACGGGGAUCAUUGCUAUUAUCCCUUCGAAGGCGCUUACCUGGUCAUCGACGUCACUGAUCUCUCCUUCUGGGAUCCUCUCAUCCGGCGAGUGAACGUAGGAGAAACCAGCGAGGAAGCCAAAGAAGAGGAAGAAGAAGCAGUAGAGGAAGAGAUCGAGGAGGACGAUCAUCUUCAGUACAAGGAAGGAGAGGAAACGCCAGAAGAAGACGAAUCGGAGGCUGAGUCGGACGAUUCCGACUAUCACGAAUCGGAGGACACCGAGUCAGAAGAGGCCAGCUCGGAACAGGAGGAGACCGAGGAAGAAGAGGGCAUAUCGGGUGAGUCGAGUGGUCCCGAUGAACAGAGCAGGGAAGAGAGAGAGGUCGUGGCACAAAGAAGACGGGCAGCGGCAGAAGGCAAGCAGCCGAUCGAGGAAUCAGGAGGACCACCGCCGCAACUGCUACAGGGUGAUCCCGCGCUCAAUCCGGAACUGCCACAAGAAGAGGCCGAGAGAAAUGGAGGCACCACGACAGAGGGAUCGGGAAGCCGGCGCCGCCGAAGAAGUGAAUCCCCAGCCCAAUCCUCUCCCCGGCCCAGCCUUCGCCUACGUCGAGAUGCGGGCGCUCGGGCUUCGUCCCCGAUCAUUAUCUCGCCGUCCCGGUGACUUCCUCACUCUUCGGCAGCUCAUACGCUGACCCCCAUUC